AUGGCUACUGGUUCUAACUUUUGCUUUGUUCUAUCUUUGAUAAUGGCCUUAUCUUUUUCAAGCAUUCAUGGUGGCUCGGCGGCUCGGCAGCUUCUUCAAACUUCUCAACCAGCAAUUCCUGCAAUACCAACAUUACCUUCGAUUCCAAAUUUGCCUGCAGGGUCGUUGCCAAAUUUGCCAAGCAAUCAGCUUCCACCUUUGCCCACCAUGCCUUCAGUUCCCCAAGUGACCAUGCCACCAUUGCCUUCUGGUUCAUUGCCAACCAUUCCAAAUAUUCCUAUAUCCAUUCCUUCAAUCCCUUUCUUCUCACCACCUCCAUCAAACUAG